AAACAAACACAAAAGAAACAAACACAGGCACAAACACAAUUCGGAAGUUUUACGACGGGUCGUCGCGCGGAUGGUCGCAAGCAGAAAAUGCAAACAGAGGCGAAAUAAAGGAAAAUAUAUAGUCGAGGAGGGUGGAAAAUGCGAAAAUACGACGAGACAACAAUUAUACCUGAACCGUGCAGCAAAACUAUAACUUUUAAUAGUUUUCCGGAUCGACAAAGAGCAGCGGCAUCAACCACAACAAGAUCUAGCUUGAUUAAAUUAACCCGGAAAAUGCAAUCAAGCCAAGGGGAAAGAGAAAGCAACGUAAAUCUGCUGGACUAUAGGGUAUGCGAUAAACCAAAGAUGUCAUGGAAAUGGAGCGAUUUCUGCUAGGCCCACUGCUUUUCCUGUCUAGUGAAAGGUGUGCGCAGGAAAAUUGCUGACAAUUCACAAAAACCAAAAAAUUCGGGAGGGGAGCGUGCGGGCGGAGUGGAGCGGAGCGGAGGCGUUCAUUUCGGGAAAAUUCAAUACAAAAACGCGGAGAGCAAAAGAAAAACAAAAACUGCAAAAAUAACAACAACAAAACAAAGAGUGACAGACAGAGAGCAAAGAAAUAUCUGUCGAAAGCAAAGAAAGGCAAAAGCAAAAGCAGCUGUGUUUCGUGUACCUGUGCACAGUCCAUGUGUGUGCGUGCGUGUUCGCGUUCGUGUGCGAGAGCAGCAGAAGAUCAGCAGAAGAGCACCGAAGAAUCAACAACAAAAGAGGCGGCGAGAGGUUGUCUCUCCAUCUCUGUCCCUCCUUCGAGGACUUCCUCUCUUUUCUUCCGUCGAGGAUAGGAUCCUCUGCCGACAGCAUUAUAAUGCCUACAACAGCAUCCCAACCGAAACGACUACUUCCAGAGGCCGGCUUUUAAGCAACAAAUAUAAAAGCAACCAACACUAGUCAACAUACAAUCACACCAAACAACUCCUCGACUACAAAAAAGGGAAAACAUAUCCGUCAAAACACACACAAAAAAAACCAGGAAUAAAAUAACUAUAUCCUAAGUAAACUAGAAAGAAAUCCAACUAAAUUUUAAGUAAAAUCAAUUAAAAAAUGGAUUGGAUAAUCAAUGAUGAGAUGGGCUUGACGGUCGGCCAUGUGGUGGGCUGGGCCGCCGCCUCAGCGAUGGUCAUUGGCGGCGUUAUACCGUAUGUACCGCAGUACAUAGAGAUCAAGAAGACGCAGGAUGCGGAGGGCUUCUCAUUGUACGUCUGCCUGGCCUUGCUGAUAGCGAAUUCGCUGAGAAUACUAUUUUGGUUCUCCAGCCGCUACGAGCUUCCAUUGCUGGUGCAGAGCGUUGUCAUGAAUGUCACCAUGUUCCUAAUGAUCCAUCUGUGCGUGAAGGUGAAGCGAGUCGGUGCCAAUAACCGGGAGCAUGCACUGCGAGGUGAUGAACUGCAUUUGCCCAAAGUGAUGACAGAUGCGGAUGCGAGUGUCAGCGCAUCCACCAGUGCGGCUGGCGGCCUCAAGCGAGCCCGUUCCAGGCAUUAUUUGAACGAUUUAGACCUGAAAUUCUUUUGGAACUGGACAGACUUUCAAUCGUAUCUGGACUUUAUGCUGUUCGUGUGGGCCCUGGGCGCCGUCAUUACAUUUGUAAUGCUCUCCGUUCACUGGUUCAUGGAGUCCAUGGGCUUUGUGGCCGUCUUUACAGAGGCCAUGCUGGGAGCGCCGCAAUUUCUGCGCAACUUUAAGAAUAAAUCAACAUAUGGAAUGAGCAUACACAUGGUGAUCAUGUGGACGCUCGGUGAUAUGUUUAAGACUGGUUAUUUUAUUGUUAGGAAAGCACCAUCGCAAUUCUGGAUCUGUGGCAUGCUGCAGGUCAGCUUGGAUAUAGCCAUAUUGUCACAGGUCUGGUUUUAUCGCAAGAAUUCCAAGCCGCGCGACUUGCGGCGCGGCGAUUAGCAGUUUGCCCCCGAAGAACAACCACAGCACCACGACCUGCACAUAUCCCAUUCCGAGGAGCAUCAGCUCUCCUUGCCCGUCACCCAUAGUAGCAGCGGGGACGAUCACCUACUCACCGCCCGUGCCGAUGACGAGCAUUUCAAGGUGCUCGACUUUGGCCAGUGCCACGAUAAUCGUGCCUUCCAAUACAACAACAACAACAAGCUGCUGCCACGACCCGGCGGCAGUGGCAAGAGCAAGGACGACAGCAGCAUAGCCGCCGCACUGGAGGUGGUAAUCGUUCAUUCAACGACCAAUGCCGGCAAGGAUGUCCGGGUGAUUGGCGGCCACGAGCCGAGUCUGCACAGUAGCUGUUGUCGUCACGGCCAUGCGGCCAGGAAGCGUCACAAUGCCACACAGACGACCGCCAACGCCGCCGCCACCACCAGCACAGCGCAGGAGGGGCAGCUGGAUGGCAGCUGCUGUUGUGUCAUCACCACGCAUCAUCACCACUGCCACUGCAGAAGCCAUCGUCGGCAUCAGCACAACAGCCAUCGUAGUCAUCAUUGUCAGCCACAUCAUUCGCAUCAUCAUCAUCAUCACGGCCAUCGCCAUUGCAAUCACAAUCAUAAUCACAAUCACAAUGAUUUUGGAGGCGGCGGGACAAAGAGACGAGCACUGCUACGUCAGCAACGACACCGUCAUCAUCAGAAGCAGCAGCAGAAUAAUCCGAUUCAUCGACAGUCCGCCAAGCAGAGUCCGCGCUUAGAGAACCAAUCCAAGCUUCCAGUCAAUAACAAGUCUUCCCUGGACUCGAGCGAUGAGGUGAUGCAUCAUCAGGCCAUUGCCAUUGAGAUCGAUGCCGCAACCAUGACCGAAGGCGACGAGGAUGAGGAGGAGAACAACAGCAGCACCGCCACCUCCAACUUCCCCUAUAAGGUAGCCAGCGAGGGUGUCAUUCCCAUUAUAAUGGCUCCCCUUCGAGAGCAGACGCGCCACCGUCGUCGAGGGUCUCUGAACUCCAAUACCACCAUUGAUACCGAUGAGCUCUCCCACGAUGAAGAUGAUGUCGAGGAUGACGGCGACGAUGAUGAUGAUGAUGAUGAUGUAAGGAUAGGUCAAGAGCAUCUGCCUGAAGAUGAGGCACAGUUGCAGCCACCGAUAAACACGGCCAGCUCCAGCAGCACCACCCGAGCGGCUCCUGCAUCGGCGCCCGCACGCAACGAGUGUGUGCGGAUCAAGAGGAAACGUUUCAUGCCCGAAGCUGGCCAGGAUUGCUGCAGCAGCUGCUCCAGCUGCAGUUGUGAUCGCGGGCAGUCGAGUUCCUGCAGCAGUCUUGAUGAGGAUAUCAAUGCCCACGAGAUGACGGUCGCCGUGGAGUGCCAUCAGUGCAACCAGCAGGCAGGAGUAAGCAGGCGAAGCAGCUUCUGCUCUUGCCACACCACAAGCUGCUGCUGCGGCUCCUGUUCCCAGGAGGAGGCGGUCUAUGCGGGCGAUGACGACGAUGACGACGACGACGAUGAUGAGACCACAGGCCAGAGGGAGAGCUUCUGCACGGCUGCCGAUCACACCAUUAUGAGCACACCCACACAGGAUGGAGAGGAGCCACACAGCAGUACCCUCACGCCACUGAGCACGCAGAGAUCCUCCCUUCUAGAUCUGGCAGAGCACACGAUGCGCAGUGAUGGCGCACCCGGUACGCAGACAGAUGCGGAUGCCUCCUCGCUCAGCCAGUCGGCCGAAUACUUCUCGCUCUCCUCCAAUGCGGGUCCACUGCAAAGUCUAUCAAAGGAUACCGACAAGAAGGAGCAGCAGCAUUCCCCAGAGCCACAGCUCCAGACACCGCCACCGCCGCCAGGGUGCAAGCACUCGAGAAAGCAUAGUCGAGGUCAUCAGAAACGCAGCUCCUCGCCGCUGGACAGCCAGUUAUGACGAAGUGUCUCGCUGGUCGCUUGGCCAGCCAUCGAUGUGAAUGCGUUACUGCAGCAGACCAUACGCAAGUCCGCCGUGCUGCAGGAGACGCCUGUACGAAGGAAGCCGCCCAAAGCCACAGCCCAUGGCACCACCACUGUCCAGGGAAAGCCACUAGCGGGAGCCCCAGGCAGCAAUGACAGCUCCACAGCCACGCUGACGCCCAGCAUCAUUACGAUCCAGGCCAAGUAUUCCGGACCGGGACCAGGAUCUGGAGCGGGAUCGGGAUCUGGACUGGUGAAUGCUUUGACCAGCAUUUGUGGCAGCAAUGGGUGCAGCACUACCACCUACACCACCAUUUCGGCGGGUGGUGGCUCCUCAAAACGCAAGUACUCGCCAGUGCCGGCCACAGAUGCCUUCCAGUGCGAUGCACUGCAGCGGAGCUCGACCGAGAUCAUCUUAUAACUCAUACAUACCUCUAAACUCCCCUGUUAACUAACUCUUAUACAGUACAGUACCGCUGUAUAACAGUUUUUGGCGUCAGGGGCAUGGCAAAUCAUUUACUAGGGAUUCAUGUGCAAAGAAACCAAUUUCGUGGAUAUAUUCGUUCCCAAAAGCUGUUCAAUUUGUUGUUAUUCGGGGGUGCCCAAAUUAAAUUUACAAUUAAAUUAAUUCAUAAACAAAAUGCAAUGUACAUUUCUUUUGUGUUAGAUACAUCGGAAAAACUGUUUUAGCCUAGACAUAAACUAUAGUUUCUAUGUGAAUUUAAUAGGUUUCAGCUGGUGGGGAAGGAAGGGACCAACAAGCCAACAAGAUAUCCAACAUUUUCGCAGGAGAAAUAUCCAACAUAUCCACUCAUUGACCGACUUCCGGGCCUUGCCAUACCUUCUUCCCCCAGCUCGGGCCUCUCGUACCGUACCUUGUUUAAAUCAUCAUUUAAUAGUUAAUUCAUUUAAUAGCCUCGUAAGAUUGUAUGAUUUCUAGAAUUUGUAUAAGCUAAAAUCAACCUUUAAUCUCGAUAUUAUAGGUACAUUAAAGAACAUUAGUUUUAUAA